AUGUCAGAAAGUGGAUCUCCCGGAGAAGUGAAUCAAGUUCCUAACACUUCUACUCCAGGUGCUAGUCAAGCCCAUGCAACUACACCUGCUUCUUUCUCGACACCGGGCGGUACUCCUGAGUUCCUAACUUUCAGUACACCUACUCCGUCCAGAUCAGGGGUCCCUUCCCCUAAUGUUGGUGUAACUAGUGCCCCGUCGCAUGUUGAACUUACCCCGGAAGGGGUCGCCAACAAUUUUCUUGAGUUAAGGUCUCUCCUCAACCAGUAUGUGAGCAGAGAAAGGGACAAGAGGGUGAGGAUCCAUCUGGACUAUGAUGAACCUGAGCCAGCAUUGUCUCCUGGACCUCCUAUUCCUCCUUUUAUAUCUAGGGAUGAGAUAGCCGAUUAUGACUUCCAGACAAAAAUCAAGAUGCCAGCCCACAUCAGAACAUAUGAUGGGAUGGAAGAUCCUGAAGACCAUCUUCAGAUCUUUACCGGUGCCGCAAGGAUUGAGAAAUGGUCAAACGCUGAAUGUUGCUUGAUGUUCAUGCAAACCCUUGCGGGAUCAGCAAGAAUCUGGUUCAAUGACUUACCUGCUCGAAGCAUUCGAAGCUUCAACGAUCUCAGCAAAGGGUUCUUAGCCAAUUUCUCCCAACAAAGGCGGUAUGUCAAAGAUGCUACAGUGAUCUUUCAGAUCAAGCAAAGAGAUGAUGAAAGCCUUCGAGAAUUCAUAGAGAGGUACAAGAAGGAAGGUCUAAUCUAUGUGGGAGCAGAUGAAAAAAUGAGGGUGGCUGGUUUCAUGAACGCCAUUACAUCUAAAUACCUCACAAGGGAUUUCAAAAAAUCUCUCCACAAGACUUUGGAAGAAGCUCUCGAAAGGGCUGAAGCCCACAUUCAAGGAGAGGAGGCAGUAGAUAUCAAAGAUCAAAGAAAAAGAGAAAACAGCUGGCGAGGUAGCAGCCCAGCCAGAAAGAAAGGAAACUUUAACUCCUUUGACAGACGCCAAAAGGGUUCAGACCAUCGAAGGUCUGAAGAAAAGGGCCACCAUACCAAUGAUUGCUUCCAACUUAAGAAAAGAAUUGAAGAAGCUGUCAAGUCCGGAGAACUUGCUCACUUGGUGAAAGGAGUAAGGGACAAAAUGGCUGAAGGGAAAGGCAAGGAAGUCAAUAUGGUAGAUUUUGAUGGAAGGGUUCCACAAAAGAGACCACUGUUGGAAGCUUGGGAGCUUCACGAAGGUCAAAAAGAAAGAACUCAACCACUUACCUUUGUGGUUAUCAAUAUUCCCUCAAACUAUGAUGUGAUCAUUGGGAGGCCAGGACAGUGUGCGUUUUACAUGGCUGUGUCCAUCGGCCAUGGCACUGUCAAAUUUCCCACCGAAAGGGGAAUAGCAACCCUUCAACCUUCCCAGGAAGCCUACAUGGUUGAAGGUGAAAAUUCCAAAAGCAAAGAAGACAAGCAAAUGCUAAUCAUAAAUCCUAAGUACCCUGAGCAAAGAAUAAGGAUCAAUCCAAGCCUCUCACAAGAAACCCUCUCAUAUCUCGAAAAGUUGCUAACACACUACAGCGAUGUCUUCGCUUGGUGUCCGGAGGAUAUGACGGGAAUUCCUCGAAACAUUGCCGAGCACGAAUUAAGAAUACCGUCGGAUGUCAAGCCCGUGGUUCAAACGAAAAGAAGUUUGGCACCAGAAAGAAGUUUGGCUGCAUGCCAGGAGGUUGAGAAGCUUGCGUCAGCCGACAUUCUCCGAGAGGUCAAGUACCAAUCAUGGGUUGCAAACCCAGUUAUGGUCAAGAAGCAAGACAACUCUUGGAGGAUGUGCAUAGAUUUCAAGGAUCUCAAUAUAGCUUGUCCCAAGGAUUGCUAUCCAUUACCAGAGAUUGAUCUCAAGGUUGACUCCCUCACCGGCUACCCUUUCAAAUGCUUUCUAGAUGCUUACAAGGGGUAUCAUCAAAUACUCAUGAAAGUAGAAGAUGAGGAAAAGACGGCAUUUCACACCGAUAAGGGAAUCUUUUGUUACCAAAAGAUGCCUUUUGGCCUCAAGAACGCCGGAGCAACCUACCAACGUCUAGUGGACAAAGCCUUUGCAAGCCAAAUCGGUAAAAACAUGGAAGCAUAUGUUGAUGACUUGGUGAUCAAAAGCAAGUCGGAAUAUCAAAUGCUCGAUAACAUUCAAGAAACUUUCAAGAACCUAAGAAAGGUUAGCAUGAAGCUCAACCCUGAAAAAUAUUCAUUUGGGUUUGAGUAA